AUGUCAAGUCCAUCGAAACGCGUAGAAAUAGGUUUGAAACAACGCGAAGACGAAUAUACCCAAUAUAAACAAUACCAUGUACUUGUUGGUACCUUUAAUGUUAAUAAUCGCCAAGCUCCGCCCAAUAUUUUACUUAAACAGUGGUUCUCUCAAUUAACAGAUAAGGAUGAGAUAUGUGUGCCAGAUAUAAUCGCUGUUGGUUUUCAAGAAAUCGACACAAGCGGUGGAGCAUAUAUCUAUGAUGAUAAAAGAAAAGAAAACGAAUGGCAGGAUUUAGUUAAUAGGACGAUUCAAGCUUGCUAUGGAAAUAAUACAAAAGCGAAAGUGGAGUUUUUCUUACUUAAACAAGUUCGAUUGAUGGGUAUUCUGUUGUUUGUUUAUGUUCGUUCAAAUCAUAAAGAAAAAUGUACAUAUGUAUCUUCAGCAUCAGUUCCAACCGGCUUUUUCGGUAUUGCUGGCAACAAGGGUGGUGUUGGUGUUCGUUUUCUUUUCUAUGAAUCGAGUAUAUGUUUUAUUAAUUCUCAUUUUGCAUCGGGUGAUGGACAAACAACGAGACGUAAUAAUGAUUACCAAACCAUUGAAUCAACAAUGGCUUUCACAGAUGGUCCGACGUAUUCUUUGAAAGAUUAUAUUUGGUACACAUCCAGUACAUCUGCCGGUAAUCUUAAUCCCUCUUCGAAUAACACAACUUCUCAUCAAUGGUGGAAAAUCAAUGACCAUGAUAUCAUAUUUUGGUGUGGUGAUAUGAAUUAUCGUAUAUCGCAACCGAAUGAGCAGGUGCGUCAAGCCAUUAGUGAACGUUCUACAGUUCCGUUGCAAGAAAAGGAUCAAUUACGUUGUGAAAUGAAAUUGCAAAAUGUUUUCAUGGGAUAUUAUGAACCACCGAUUGAAUUCAUGCCAACAUAUAAAUUCGAUCCAAACACUGAAGUUUACGAUACCAGUGAAAAACUCCGCACACCCUCAUGGACUGAUCGAGUAUUGUACCGAUCGAAACGUUUGAAAGUGAAAAUGAAUAACGAAACCGAAGUUGACACGAUAAAAACUAUUGAAUAUUCUUCUGCAAAUGAAAUUCGGUUCAGCGAUCAUCGACCUGUUAGUGGUCUCUAUGCCGUCACCAUCAAGUACGCGUGUGAUGAAAAACGUUCAAAUCAAAUUCGAGAAGAAUUGAAUCGUAUGAGUGAUCGUUUCGAAAAUGAGGCCAUACCAACAAUUGACGUGCAUCCUCGACCACCGGAAAUCAAGUUCACCAAUGUUCGUUACUUAGAUAAACCAUCAUAUCCUUUAACAAUAAAAAACACCGGCGAAUGUGUCUGUUCUUGUACAAUUCAGCCUUCGUCUCUUUCACCGUCAUUUCAAUAUGUUAUAUGUUCACCAGCUCCACCUUAUGUCAUCGAUGUCAAAGGAGAACAACAUGUGAAUAUCAGUUUCAAUGCUCGACUUCGAAAGGAAUCCAUUAGUGAAAUUUUGAUUCUACAUGUUGAAAAUGGUGCUGAUAAAUUUAUUACAUUAGAUAUCACUUUCGAUAAUGGACCGUUUGGCUUAGCACUAAAUGAAUAUCCACCGACAUUCUACGACAAUGACACAAAAAAAUAUAUUUAUUCCAUUGAAAAACCAGCGACUUCUGAACAUAUCGUCGAAAUGAUUAAUGACCCACCUAUACUUUACAUUGCAUUGAUCGAAACAUUAAAAGAUCGUUCCGAUUUGAAUAUGUUACAAAUAUUCAGUAAUGAAACACAAGAUUCACUUGAUGUUAUACCAAUCCGUGAUCAAAUUUAUGAGCAUCAUUAUGAUUUUAGCAAGUAUUCUACCGCUGAAAUAUUUAUGAUCUUCGUUCAUCUUUUACAAUCUCUCAAAGAUCCGCUGAUAUCAUUUGAAAUUCAAGAUAAGAUUUUCUCGAACUCCGCUCAAUUGAACGACUCAUCACGAGCUGUUAGUAUUCUCGUUGAACAAUUGAAAGGGAAAGAACGAAAUUUAUUCUUUCGUCUACUUGUACUUUUGAAAAACUACUGGCCAACAAAAGAACAAAUCGAGAAAACCGAUGAUGAAGCAGGUGAUGCAUUCAAUAUGUGUAUUGAUAUUCUCGCGCUUUCAAUCUUUCAUGAGCACCUUGAUCGAACUCAACGACAUGCGUGUAUUUUAGCUUGUCUCAAUGAAGAGAAGAAACCUUAA